UCCAGGACCCCUCGCUCCUUCCUCUUUGCCGUCGUCGCAAAUGUCGGCCCCGGCGGCGCCAGCCGCGCCCUGGCCGUGGCCUACCGCCAGCAUCACGACAAAUACAAUAACUGGGAAGCAUCAGGUGCACGAUUGCACCAUAUGGUGACCGACACCCUUGCACUAAUCGAAAUCCUCUCGGAUCCCGCGAACCGAGCGCCACUGGAGGCAGAGAGGGCGCUCGCAGAGGACUGGUAUCGUCGGUCUCCCCAUGAACCUCCGGUUCAUGAGCGGCCCAGCAUACCCGACACCGCGCAGCCCCCGUAUGUGCCCUGUUUCGAGAAUCGGGUGCCAGUGCAACAACAGCCCCGGCUGCCGUGGCGUGAUGAUGCGCUUAGCCAGUUUCCCUUCACUGCGACAUGCGUUUUGCUGGCCUUGUUGCGCGACGAUCGCCCUGCUAAUGCCACCCGUCCCGGCGACGUCCAGUUUCAACCGCUCUCGACAGUGUUCCGGGCGGAUUGCACUGAAUAUGGCUUGGUCGUCCUCGACAUCUCCGACCUCGAUAGCGGUGUUCAGUACGGCAUUGCUGCCUUUCCUGUGCACUACAUGGCCACGGUUUGGGACCCCGACGAGAACAUAGACUGGGAUCCCGUCGAAGACGACCAGCCGGAAGAGUGGGAUAUUGUACUUGUGAGCCCGCGGCCUCGAGUGCCUUUGUCAAUUGCCCAGUGGAUAAGGAAGUAUUACCGCUGGUCGGAACUGGAAGACCACCCUGGUAUCCUCCGACUGGAGGAGAGGCCGCUGGCUGAUGCGGCAGCCUUGGACUAUGAGCCUAUAUCGACCGCAAGAGCCUCGAGCGUGACCACAUCCGAUGAGCCGCCGCAGAAGGUGCCCGUGGACAUGGAUCGCACAAUUGAUGACCUGCUGGUCCCGUUCCGCGAGAAGCUGCGACGGCGACUCAAAGAGAUGCCUGACAGGCUCGGCCCCUCUAUAAUCUCCAGCCAUGUACUGCGUGUGGCAUACACUGAGCACAGCCAUCUUAACUGGGUGGCAUUUAGGAGCCUGCCGCCUUGUGUGAUUGCGGCCGCUGUUGCAUCGGAUGAGCUUCGGAGUGCGUCUGCGCUCAGCCUCUGCGUCGAUGCGUGGGCGGGAGAUAAGGAAGAGGGAGCGUCAGACCUUGUUGACCUCGCAGCGGCCCUGGCACAAUCCACAGGUCUUCAACAGCUCUGCUUCUUGCAGCGACCGGAUCGGGACCAGGACGAUGUCUCGUCUCGUUUCUGCUCACAGCUUCUACGGCUGUGGGGGAGGGCAUCAGGAGGAGAAGAGAAAACCAUCCAUUCGACCUCUGCCUUCUUGACCGGUUUACGCCACCGCAAGUUCCCCACAUCAUCCUUAAUGAUAGCUUCGGGAUCAUCUAGCUUCACUCCCAGGAUUCAUCUGUUCACGUGGCUCGGUCCCCAACGCGAAGAUAUCCCAGACCCCGCCGCAGACCACCACGUCCACAGCGCCUACUACUCCAUGGAAAAUACUGGGCUCACGGCCGAGGACUUCGCCGUCCGAUUUCUGAAAUACCUCCGGUCUUUGGGUCCGGAUUCAGAUCCCGACAAGGCCAUCUUGCGAGUAGCAUAUCAUGGGGCUUUCUCAUCGCUCGGUUCCGCCGAUGAUGAUAACCAGGAACACCGUUGCAAGCAUGGCUGGUCCCCUCGAAGACCGCUAUCACCACCGCCGCUCCAGUCAUGGCCCGAUCAAUUGGGUGUCAGGCCGAUCCCCGCUGGAUUCUUUGACGACGAGCUAACCCUCGACGACCCGUCCCGAGUCCGACUCAGGGAGAUCCCCCCGGGAGCUGGGUGGUUCUUAUGGAUCGACGAGCCCGCCGUGACCGAUGCACCGAAGACGGCGCCUUCUCACAAUACUGUUUCAUCAGAAUUCGUCGACCCUCUCCAGAGACUGAACAACAACCAGGACAACAAAGUGGUCGGCGGGCUGAUUGACUUCCUGCGCGAAACUGUGCCAGAGACUGAUAUUGCCACGUGGGAGGAACGGCUCGAGGAGGUCGAGAGGGAUUUGGUUGCAGCUUUAAUGAGGCCGAGCCCACCCAGUACCCCGUCAUCGAUUGACUGGUUCCCGGGGAUGGACCCGAGCGAGAUGUUGAGGAACGCUCCGCCAAAGACUGAUCUUUCCGCUGGGGAGGGAGUAGAGAGGGGACCCUGCAUCGGCGUCCGCGUCAUGGCUGAGAGCCGGGCCUACACUUUGCUAGAUCAGUUACUGUGA